AUGGAUCCUUUGCGAAUUCUUCUAUAUCCACACGGAGUUGAAAAGAACCAUCUAUCAAUUUAUUUGACUUGUGGUGAUAGUUCUUUUUUACCAACGGGUGGUUGGAGUAAAACCGCUAAAUACAAGUUGACUCUAAAAAAUUACUACUACUCUGGAGGUGAAUAUGAGUUCAGCAGUGGAAAACCUGAUGGCUCUGGUUUCUCAUCGUUUAUAACUUUAACUGAGUUUCAUAAUCCUGACAAAGGAUUUCUUGUGAACGAUACUUGCACUAUCGUGGCUGAAGUUUGUGUUGAGAACGAUGGUCAUCGACAUCUUAAUGAUAAUCACAUAAUGCCUUUGGUUACAAGAAAUAACAACGACUUAGUGGAUUUCAAGGGUUUAUGCAAAGUACGGAAAGAUUUUGUUCAACUAUUGGAGGAAGCGUGUUCUAAACAUCCUGAACUUGUUAGAGGAGUGAAAAGGAGAAAUUGGAGUAAAAAUUUUACCGAAAGAUGGUUUAUGGCUUUGGGAAGAGUUCUACAAUUUUUAAAGAGUCAUAAAGAUUUAAAGGACAUGGAUGAUGAUACUGAUGAUGAGGAGCUUCAGGAUUUGUGGGAGCACCUUAAAUCUUUUGGAUUUGAUGAUCUGACUUGGUUGAAAAAUGAUAUUAAAAAAUAUAUGGCGAAUAAAAUGAGGAAAAUUGUGGAUCUUGAAGGAGAAAAAGGAGAAUUUUUGAGUGUGGAAUGA